GACUUGAGACUUUUUAUGCGGGUUAUUGCUUUUAUUUUCUGGCUGAUUGAAUUGACGCAUCAUACCCCUAUCGCUUUUACUUGGGAUUGUUAAUAUUUUUGGGCGGUUGUCGAUUUCUGGAAUGGCCACAGCGGUUUGGGAAAAUGAACAUGGAGUACGGGAUCGCCAAAAGCAUCGGGAUGCUCAACUGCAUUUUGUCCUUAGACCACAACGUCUGCCAUGUGGGGGCGAAAGCAAAAUUCAAGAGCCUAGGCAGCUGGACGUUUCGAUUUACUCUUUUUGGUUGUGUCUUGUCCCAUUACUCUCCCUGACUCUUUCGGUCUCAGAAUAUCCUUGGCUUUGUCUGAUGGUUCAUGCUUUGGUCUUUCAUGGAAAUCUCGCAGGAGGGACGGCUCUUCUCGGAAAUUGGUAUGUUAAUGACUUUGGGACUUCGUUGUAUGUUUUUUGCCAUUUUCAUGUAUCGAUAUUAUUACCCUUAUUGUUAUGGUCGUUGUCAUCAUCCGAGAGCAUGCUCUCACCCCUUGUACAUAAUACACACUUGCAGAAUUGCAGCAACUAGAGUUGCCUUCAUCAUCAUCGUGGAAUAUAGCAUACUAUGCCAAUAAAAUGAAUCCACA